CAGUUCCAGUCUCCCCCAAGAAAUCCAUUCCUCUCUCUCUCUCUCUUCCACGCGCCUCCGCGUCGCCGCAUUCGGGCGCCGCCGCCGGAUCCGGCCACCCUCCUCCUCCCCCUCCACCGGCCGGCUCGCCUCCUCCCGACCGACCGCCCGCUCCCCGGUGAGAUCCGCGCCUGUUCGGUUUCGCCCGGCGAGCGCCACCAUGUCGGGCGACGGCGGGCAGCCGCAGGCGGAGGCCGAGGAGCCGGUGGAGCUCGUGCUGUUCCAGGUCGCCGAGUGCUACGUCUACCUGAUACCUCCCAGGAAGACGGCUGCGUCCUACAGGGCUGAUGAAUGGAACGUCAACAAGUGGGCUUGGGAAGGGACUCUUAAGGUUAUCAGCAAAGGAGAAGAGUGCAUCAUCAAACUGGAAGACAAGAACACAGGGGAGCUGUACGCUAGGGCAUUUCUCAGAGAGGACGAGCCACAUCCGGUGGAACCAGUUAUUGAUAGCAGCAGAUAUUUUGUGCUCCGAGUUGAAGAGAAUAUAGAUGGACGUCAGCGUCAUGCCUUUAUAGGUUUAGGCUUCCGCGAAAGACCUGAAGCAUAUGAUUUCCAAGCUGCUCUGCAUGACCAUAUGAAAUAUCUAAACAAGAAAAAGACUGCUGAAGAGAUGGUACAUAACUACGAGAAAGCAUCAUCAGUGGAUUACAGCCUCAAAGAAGGGGAAACUUUGGUUUUGCAGCUCAAAAAUAAAGAGCCUGGGGCUAAGGUAAACUCUGCAUUUUUUGAGCAAGGCCUCAACAAGCUCUCAUUUAACGAAAAGGCCAACUCGAAGGAGGCCCCAGUCUCCCUCAAGCUCCCUCCUCCUCCGCCUUCACCGGUUUCUCCAACAGAUUCUGGCAUUGCUGCUUCUCCUUUCAAAGCAGACUUUCCAUCCCAGGACCAAUCUGCUGCUGACACUGGAGUUGACGCCACUCCUUUCAAAGUAGAAUUUCCUUCAAAUGAACAACCAGCUGGGGAUGGCGUCGCAUCGUCUCCACCACCCAAAGCAGAAGCUGCUGAGCAGCCAACUGCAGUUGGAAAGGCCACCCAAGAAAGCUUGGACGACGACUUUGGAGACUUCCAGGCAGCUGGGUGAAUCAUGUAUCUUGCUUGUAAAUACGACAUGUCGACAUGUUUCUCAAAUUGCUCCUUCCCUUUGAUUUUCCAUCAGUUGUGAACUUCUGCCGGCACUCGUGUUGCUGUACAGUACAGAGAGAGCUAUCUCGUCAUAAUCUACACAAAAUAGAUCGAUACACAAUGUACUUUCUCUUUUCGCAGUAGCGUGUUCAGUUAAUUCUGUUCAGAACUUUUGCCUCCGAGUUCGAUAUUUUGCAAUCCAACUCAGAACUCACUCCG